UUGAUGUGCUUAUUUAUUUGCUAAUGAAUGCAGGUUGCUUGCUUUUUCCAUUCCAAGUAUAAGUCGAGCCGUUCAACUAGCUACAAAAAGAAUGGUAAAUCGGCUGCUAUUCAUUAUGGAACUGGAUCAAUCUCCGGGUUUUUCAGUGAAGACAGUGUCCAACUUGGUAGUCUUCUCGUAAAGAAUCAGGAAUUUAUUGAAGCGACAAAAGAGCCUGGGAUUACCUUCUUGGCAUCCAAAUUUGACGGCAUUCUUGGACUCGGAUUUCAAGAAAUUUCUGUUGGGAAUGCUAUUCCCGUCUGGUAUAACAUGGUAAAUCAAAGUCUCGUAAAAGACCCAGUUUUUUCAUUUUGGUUAAACCGUAAAGGUGACGAGGAAGAUGGUGGUGAGCUUGUUUUUGGUGGGGUUGAUUCCAGUCAUUUUAAGGGUGAACACACAUACGUGCCUGUUACUCAGAAGGGUUAUUGGCAGUUUGACAUGGGUGAAGUUCUAAUUGGCGGGGAGACAACCGGAUUUUGUUCUGAUGGUUGCUCUGCAAUUGCCGAUUCCGGAACCUCCUUGUUGGCUGGACCAACUACAAUUGUGACUCUCAUUAAUCACGCGAUUGGAGCUACUGGGGUUGUAAGCCAGGAAUGCAAGUCUGUCGUUUCUGUUUACGGAAAAACCAUAUUGGAAAUGUUGACGUCUGAGACACAACCUCAGAAAAUCUGCUCCCAAAUAGGUUUAUGCGCUUCUGACGGUACUCGAGAUGUCAGUAUGAUUAUCGAGAGUGUGGUGGAAAAGGGCAGUGACGAAAUGUGCACUGCUUGCGAAAUGGCAGUUGUAUGGAUGCAGAACCAAGUCAAACGAAAUGAAACCGAAGAAAAGAUUUUGGACUAUAUAAACCAGCUAUGUGAACGCCUACCGAGUCCAAUGGGAGAAUCAGCGGUUGACUGUGGUGUCCUUUCUUCUAUGCCGAACAUUUCCUUUACCAUAGGUGGUAAAUCAUUCGAACUCACCCCACAGCAGUAUGUACUUAAAAUCGGGGAGGGUGAAGCAGCUCAGUGCAUAAGUGGAUUCACAGCCUUAGAUGUGGCACCGCCACGUGGCCCUCUUUGGAUCUUGGGGGAUGUGUUCAUGGGGCCAUACCACACCGUGUUCGACUAUGGGAAUUUGAAGGUCGGAUUUGCCGAAGCUGCGUAGAAUAUUCUCGUGUUCGUGUCUGAAUUCUACUCUUCGAUUAUUUUCUGCAAUUUUCUUGAACAUAUAUGUUUUUUUUUUAAUGGGACUUUCAAACUCUGUAAUUCUUAAUAUUAUCAAAUGGUAAAAAUGUUUGUGUACAAGAAACUAUGUUGUUGCCACUAUUUGGAAAUAAUAGUAACACUUAUUAGUUAUUA